AUGUCAGAGAAUGAGCAAAGUUUAGAUACAGAUAUUACUACAGAUGCUGAAGAUGUUAGAAGUCCUGAAGAAAAACUUAUCCAAGAAUGUGAUGAAAUGUGGAAAGAUAUAGUAGAAUGUCAGAAUAAAUUAUCAUUUGUUGGAACUGAGACACUCACCACUUCAGAUGCUCAGUUAUCAUUAUUAAACAUGCAUAUGAGAUGUUUGACAGCUGAACUCAAUCAGUGGCAGAAAGAAACCCCUGACAUAAUUCCACUGGAUGAAGAUGCCCUGGUAACAUUAGAAAAUGAAGAAUUCAAGAAAUUGAAGCAUGAUCUUGAAUUGGUACUCUCUACUAUUCAAUCAAAAAAUGAAAAGUUAAAGGAAGACUUGGAAAGGGAGCAGCAAUAUUUGCAUGAACAGCAACAGAUACUGGAAUCACUUAAUCUAUUACACAAUGAAUUGAAACAAAAAGUUGUGACUUUUUCUGAAUCAAGAACCUUUAAAGAACUGAAAACUAAACUACAUGAUAUAAAAGAAUAUAAGGAGAAACUGUUGAUUUCCUUGGGUGAAUUUCUAGAAGACCAUUUUUCUCUGCCUGAUCAAAAUGCUAAAAAGAAAAAAAAAAACGUACAAGGAUCAAAUGCACAGCUGAUAACAUUGCAUGAAAUGCUAGAGAUUCUCUUAAAUAGAUUAUUUGCUGUUCCACAUGAUCCAUAUGUCAAAAUCACUGAUUCAUUUUGGCCGCCUUACAUUGAACUGCUCCUGCGAAAUGGAAUUGCCUUGAGACAUCCAGAAGAUCCAUCCAAAAUAAGAAUAGAAGCCUUCCAUCAGUAA